CAAGGCUUAAAGGUCAAUAUAUAUAGUAUUAAGGCAAGUAGUUUCAUACUUUCAUUUAUAACAAUGAUUGGUUGAUCUCAUCAUUAUUUUUAAAAAUCAAUCCAUCCAGCUCUGUCCACUAAGUUUACACAGACAAAACAUGAAAAAACUUGUAAAGAGCACACUCAUAUUCCAAAACCAUCGAGAGAAAAAGAGAAACCAAUCAACAAACUAAAAAGCAAAAAAAAAAAAUUCUUCACUUUAUUUUUUGGUACAAAUUCUUCAAGUCUUGUUGUUGUUAUUAUUAUUCGUCUUCAUCUUCUCUAUUUUUCAGUAUCCACGCCACAAACCAACCAGCCAGCCACCGUGAAUGGCGCGAGAAAGCGCCAACUGCUGCACGUGCUGCUCAAGUUUCAUCACCGGCACAGGUCUCACAAUCCUCUUCCUAUGGCUCACACUCCGAACUCAGCACCCAAAAUGCUUCAUCCAAUCCUUCUACUUUCCCUCUCUCAACAAAACAACAAACUCUCACCACAACAACACCAUUCUCUUCACCCUCAAACUCGCCAACCAAAACAAAGACAAAGGCGUCAAAUACGACCACCUUCGUCUUACAUUCAACCUCUUCCUCGACGCCAACACCACGCGCCCACUCGCCAACUCUACACUCGACUCUUUCUACCAAGGACAUGGUAAGACCGCCGAGAAAUUUGGCUCCGCCGAGCCACACGGCAGUGGAGUGAACCGCACGGUGGACGGAAAGGUCUUCUUUCGCGUGGAGAUCGCCACGCGCGUUAAGUAUAAGAUUUUGUUUUUUUAUACUAAACGUCACCGUUUGUUUGGUGGGGCUAAUGUGGAAGUCAAUGUUAGUUCCGGAGAGAAGGUGGAUCCUAAAGGGAUUAGGCUCGGUAAUGUUCCGCCGAGGCUCGGGUCCGAAGCUGCUCCGGUUCGUGGAUGGUUGAUUGCUUUUUCUAGAUUUUUUGUAUCUCUCUUGUUUUUCAUUGCGUUUACUUGACUUGACUAACGUGAGUGAGCUUUUUUUUUUAAAAAAAUUAUUCUUCUGUUCAUUAUAUUUUUCACCGCAUGUUAUUUUAUUUUCAUUUUGAGUUCUGAAUUGUAAUAGUGCGUACAUAAUUUUCGUUUGGAAUACAAACAUGCAAGAAAAUAUAUAUACGCUUGAA